AUGGAGAACUCACAAGCAGCACUUCUGAUGCUGGCGUUCCUGCUGUUUCUAAAAGGGUCGUCAACACUGGUAGUAAAACCUGUCACAGACCCUGUGAUCGGUGAGGUUGGAGACACUGUAACACUGGAGAUUAAACCCCCUGGGGCUCUAGCUGCAAUAUCUUGGGUUAGCCCUACAAGUAUCACUGUGGUGUCGCUUACCGGUUCCACCCCAGUCAUAGGCCCUGGAUAUGAGAACAGAGUCACCCUGGACACAUCUACAGGAUCAGUGGAGCUCAGAUCUGUGAACCGCAAAGACGCUGGCGUGUAUGUUUUUGAUGGCAUUACCAUUGUAUCAGGAAUCAGAGAAUCAUUCAAGGGAAACAUUACCUUGAACGUCAGUGCUCUGGUAUUAAAACCUGUCACAGACCCUGUGAUCAGCAAGGAUGGGGACAAUGUAACUCUGGAGAUUCGACCCCCUGGAGCUCUAACUGCAAUGACAUGGACUUUCAGUCCUACGGGUAUCACUGUGGUGUCAUGGUCCAGAUCAGCCCCAGUCAUAGGCACUGGAUAUGUUAACAGAGUCACCCUGAACACAACUACAGGAUCACUGGGGCUCAGCUCUGUGAAUGGCAGUGACUCUGGGGUGUAUCUGUUUCGGGGCAAAACCGCUGUAUCAGGAAAUCCAGAAGACAUCGAUGGAAAUGUCACCUUGGAAGUGUACGAGCCGAUAACUAAUGUAAAAGUGGAACCCAAUCCUGCCCAGCCAAUAGCAAACCAGACUCUAAAGUUGGCCUGCCUGGUGCUUGGAUCACAGAUUGUUUCCUCAAGGCUCUGGCUGAAGGACGGUCAGCCCUUGGACUCUAGUGACAGAAUAACAGUGUCUGUGAACAGCAGUGUAGUCUCCUUCAACAAAGUCCUGCAGUCUGAUAAUGGAGAUUAUCAGUGUAAAGCUAAUGGCCCUGUAAAUGAAGUGACGAGCGCUGUGUACAGAUUGGAGGUCAAUUAUGGACCAGAACAGGCAUCUCUUACAGGACCAGACAAAGCCGCUCUCAAUUCAUCUGUAACGUUCACAUGUUCGGCUCAGUCUGUCCCCGCUUGUAUUUACAUCUGGUAUGUAAAUGGGAUACAGACUGCUCAGGGCUCCCAAUACCAGAUAGAUGCUGUUAGCAAUGUUGAUACAGGGAGCUACAUGUGCAUGGCCUGGAACUCAGUGACAAGACGGACCAGCAUCGCAGAGAAAAAACUUGUGUUGUUUAGUGUGACUGGUAAAGAAGGGCCCAUCUUGUCUGCAGGAGAGAUCACUGGAGUUGUCAUCGGCACACUUGCAGGGGUCACUGGCAUUGCUCUUGGGGUGUAUUUCAGUGUAAAGCUAUGCAGGAAGAAUCCAGAUGAUCCCAAACUUGGUCCAGCUGAAAGAAGUUUAGAUGCUGUCACUUGGCCGAAUGCAUCAGAAACAUAUGAGAACAUCGCUACUGACCAGACAGCAAGCAAAGCAAAAAAACAGGACCACGCAUACACAGACUUACAGUCUCCUGAUCAGUCCACAUACAGCACCUUGAACGAGUAGGGGGGAUUCUAUAUGCCUUAACCCACCUUGUAUCAACCCUGACAAGUUAGGAACUGAAUCAUAAUACUUAAGAUACAUAACUAUUGUACUAAUGGGCUGAAGUGUAAGCCAGUGGACUUUCUGUCCAACAGACUUUGUUUCAGGAAACAUCACAGCAGCUAUACAGCCUAUAAAGAGAACUUAUUUUUCAUUUUUUAGUUAAAUAUUUCUACUGCUUCUGCUUCCUGCAUCUAAUGACUGUUUCUGUUGUAUGUAUAAACACACACGCACACACACACACUGCACUCACCGAGGGUCCCCUUUCAGAUCAAAAGGUUGAAUCAAGAUGUCUUAGAAGCUACUGCUGCCGGAGAACUGCAAAAACAAUAGGCUUCUCUGGAAUAUCCUUCUGUGACAGAAGAGAGUGAACAAGGGGCACUGGCUUGAAUGCUUUAUUAUUGGAUCAUUUUAUGAUUAAAUCUGGUGAUUUUAAAACCAUUAUGCUGAUCCCACACAUGGCUGCACAAACUACAAGAUUCUGUGUACGAACGAGCAACGUGACACAUGGGAGGAAGUGAGCUCCAGUAUAUGACUGAUAAGAUAGACUGACAUUGAGAGGAUAGGGAGCAGGUUUGGUUAUAUUUGCCAUUUACAUUAAAAGCUGUUCUUUUGAAUAUUAAAAUGAUCUAUAAAAGUAUUUAUAAGAUUUUUUUUUAACAUGCGUUGU